UUGGGCGUGGACCUCUACGUGUGCAUCUCACGUUUCUGGCGGGAUCUUCUCCUCCUACGCCAGUACCAGUACACACGACCACCCCAAAAUUAGAUUCAAAAUCUCUCUCUUCCUGCCAUUCUGGGUCCUCAGAAACGGGCGCGUCUCCUCCCCUCUCGCACCUGCUCCUCCCGUGACAGCGACGGCGACGAGGGUUCAAGGGAUGACUAGGGGCGCAGGUCUAUGGAGGUAACUUCAAGACCUGCAUAUACAUUGCAUCGCUCCAUGCAUCAGCUCUAUGGAAGCGGAAACCGUUUCGCCGUCCCGCGGUGCCGGGGGCAGGAGCGCGGCUGCUUCUUGUGGCACCUUGCGGUGCCCAUCCACCGACUCCUUGACACACACGGGAGACAAGGCAGCCCGCAGCCUCCGUGAUCACGUGGCAGGCACGGGCAAUACUUUUUUUCCUCUCUCUCUCUCUCUCCAGCGAGCAGCUCAGCUGACCACCUUAUAUGAAAGGAAACUAAACUUAAACUUGCAUUUUGGAAAGUUAACAUCAUCGCGUACUUGGGUUAUCAAUAUACAAUUCAUUUAUUUUAUAUGUCAUGAAGACAGUGAAGGAUCUCAAUUGGAGUUGACAAAACUUGCAGCAAUAUUUUUCUUCUUGGUGGCGGCGGCGGGCGGUAAUCAUAAUUCAGAGCUGUUAAUCUCCAGUCCCGCUCAUUUGCUUGCAGUGAAAGGCUUGGCUUGUUUGCAGCAGCCUCCCUCCAUGGCUCCAGCUGGUGAUCGGAGCGCCGCCGCCCGGAACCCCACAAAAUAAAACAGCUCGUCGGUGCCCCACCCCACCCACCAUCUCCUCCUCACCGGCUUUAUAUAUGCACGCGCCGCGCACCCCGGCGCCAGCUACCCAUGCCAUGUCACACGACACGGCAUCGCACGUCCACCACCACCCCGCCGCAGCAGAAGACCCCGGCGGCAGCGAGUGCCGGUUCUGCGAGAUGACGCGGCAGCACCAUCCUCAGUGCGCGCGGCGGCUGCCGAAGCGCAUCAUCCUGGUGCGGCACGGCGAGAGCCAGGGGAACCUGGACAUGUCGGCCUACACCACCACGCCCGACUACCGCAUCCCGCUGACAGCGCUGGGAGUCGAGCAGGCGCGCGCCGCGGGGCACCGCAUCCGCGACGUGGUGGCGGCUGGCGGCGGCAACUGGAAGGUCUACUUCUACGUGUCCCCCUACGCGCGCACCCGGGCCACGCUGCGCGAGGUGGGCCGCGCCUUCCCGCGGGACCGCGUCAUCGGCGCCCGCGAGGAGUGCCGCGUCCGGGAGCAGGACUUCGGCAACUUCCAGGUGGAGGAGCGCAUGCGCGCCGUCAAGGAGACGCGCCAGCGCUUCGGCCGCUUCUUCUUCAGAUUCCCCGAGGGCGAGUCCGCCGCCGACGUCUUCGACCGCGUCGCCAGCUUCCUGGAGUCGCUGUGGCGGGACAUCGACAUGGGGCGGCUGGACCAGGACCCCAGCUGCGAGACCAACCUGGUGAUCGUCUCCCACGGCCUCACCUCGCGGGUGUUCCUCAUGAAGUGGUUCAAGUGGACGGUGGCCCAGUUCGACCGCCUCAACAACUUCGACAACUGCGAGUUCAGGGUCAUGCAGCUGGGCCCCGGCGGGGAGUACUCCCUCCUCGUGCACCACACCAAGGAGGAGCUGCAGCAGUGGGGCAUGUCGCCGGAGAUGAUCGCCGACCAGCAGUGGCGAGCCACAGCCAGCCGCCGCAACUGGGCCGAGGAGUUCUCCUCCUUCGUCGACACCUUCUUCCAGGACCCCAACGACUCGUCGGACGAGGAACAAGAAGCACAAGACAAGGAGACGAACCUGCUGCUGGACCUGGAGUAACUACAACUAUUCAUCCGCCCACACCCUGUUUAUUUCUUUCUUUCAAUGCCUCUUUGAAAUUGUUUCCAUUGGAUUUGGAUGACGCUUUCUGUUGCUGCUAGUAGGGGGGAAGAGCAGAGCAGGGAGGUAUGGUGUAUUCAUCAGUCAUUGCUGAUCUCUUUCUUCCUCAGCAGAGUCAUUGCUAGCUGGAAAACUGACAAAGCUCGCAGUGCUUGGCUGUCUUUAACAGUUAACUAGUAGAAUAAAGAUGACUUUUUUUUAAUUUGCGGCUUUCUUCAUUAAUUAUUUAUAUAAUCAAGAUCCUUUCAUACUUCAUACAGCACAGGGUACGUUGGCAUUCUAAUAACAACAUUUUCUGAAAAAGACAGAGUGCUGGAUGCUAUAUAUAUAUGUCUGUGCAUCUUGUAUGCUAGCGAACAGUACUAGCAGUACCGUUUUUUCAUCAUCAGACACUUGUCACGAUGCAAACGCAGAGAUUCUUCUGCAUGCGGCUGGCAGGCAGCAAAGCAGACUCGAUUAUCCAAACAAUCUCGUGCAAAUAAAGCAGCACAAAGGCUACCUGUCCCAAGCUGCGCUUUUGGUGAUUUUUUUUAAGUCUAGAGGGGAGUACCCCUACUGUAAAUUUUGUAUUAAGAUGGUUAAUUACAAUAGAGUGAAGAGUCAAAAUCUACAGCUAGUUACAAGGGUAUCAGAUGAGAGGGGGUAGAGAAUUAAGGCACUAAAAAAUUAAAUGCGUCUAUGAUGAAGCCAAUCUGGAAUUGAGGUGUCAUAUUUUUCUCUUGCUCUGUGGAUAACCAAGAGCAGUUCUUUUUUGAACUUAUUUUUGCAAUGUUGAACUGUUGGGUCCUGAUUUUCAAAGAUCCAUCCAUUCCGACAUUUCCAGAUGCUCUAUGUCAUUAUGAUGAUUACUUCCAUGAAGAAAGGCACAUUAAGUUGCUGCUUUAGAUUAGCGAACGCUGCUUCUUCUGGCUGAGCAAUUCUAGGAGGAUUAAUGCCAAUGGGGUUCCAGGAUGCUUUUGUAAAGUUGCAUCUGAGAAAUAGAUGAUAGAGGGUUUCCUCCUUUUGCUAAAUGCACUUUUCACAUGUA